UCUCAAUAGGGUCUUUAUCUUCACUCACUAAACCUUAAUUUCCUCUCCUUCAGCAAACAAAGCACCCCCCCCCCCCCCAGUGGUCUCCUGCAGACCUCUGUUGGACGCUGUUGCUUUUCUCUUGAAAAGGAUAAAAUUUAGUACAAUCAGCCUAGUACUUGGAGAUGUCCGCUCCACUUAGCAAGAGCCUGGGCUUAUCUUCAGCUUUGAACAUCAAUGAAGAGGCGAUGGUCACCAAGAAGCAAGGCAUAGUAUCCAUUCUUGGACCGGAUACUAAUCAGAGACCAAGCAAAGCAGCUUCACUUAGAAGAACUUUGUCAGCCGAUAUGUCCUCCAAGAAAUGGCUCACUCAACAUGGAUUCUCUCCCCUGAAAAAGAUUGCAUCAUCCGACGAAUUCCCUGUUUCCAUCAUAGACUCAUCGUCGGAAGAAGGAGAUGAGGAUUAUGAAGAAAGGAAGGAGACUGAAGAAGCACGUGGUCAAUUCGAUAUUUGGACUUCAAUUCAACAAGAAAAGAACAAGAAUGAACAUGAAAAGCCUGUCCAGUUCGAUAUAUGGAGCUCAAUCAUAUCAAAAAAGGCUGAGGAAGAGUCAAAGUCACUUCCCCCUCCUUAUAUGCACCCUCUUGUCAAAAGAUCAGCUGGUGCUUUAAGCAAGAAAAGCCUUGAAAUUUGCACCGAGAGCCUUGGCUCCGAGACUGGCUCUGAUGGGUUCUCGUCAGACCCUCCAUCAGAAACUAGUGACAUGGAGGAAUUAGAUAAAGAGGAUGAUCAAGAACUCCAACAGCAAAAGCAAGAAAGAAUGGCACAGCUGACUUCUUUUGACGCUCAAGAGCCAAGAAUUGUGAAAUAUAACUAUGAUGUUGGCAAGAAAUCGCCACACCGGUCAUUUCCACCUCCAAUUCCUUCCCUUUCUCUCAAAGAUGGAGCAUCUGUUCGCAUGAAGACACAUCGUGAUAAUGGUAGAUUGGUUGUUGAAGCUGUUUCUGUGCCUUCACAGAACAAGUUUCUUGCUCAUCGCCAAGAUGGUCGCCUUGUCCUCACUUUUGCCAAUACCACUCCUAGUGAAGCACAGCCCGAGGUUAUUAAUGAAGUAAUGAAUGUUGAAGAAGAAGUAAAGGAAGUGGAAGAGUUAGAAGAAGAGUUUGAAAGCUUUGGAGAAGAAGAGAAAGAAAGUGAAAUAGAUCUUGAUGAAGAAGAAGAAGAGGUUGAGGAAAGUGAGAAUGAAAUUGAGGGAGUGGCAGAUAGGUGUUAUGGGAUCGAGCAGGCUCCUAAACUUUUAAAUGGAGCAACGAAUGUACAUAGGUUAGCUGUAAUGAUGAACAAGCCCAUAUGGUUAGCAAAUAGGAACCCGACAUGGCCUAAAAGUUUUGAUGAAAUAGUUAAAUUUGGGGAGGAAAGCGAGAAGGUUGAGCCAACCACCACACCACCACUAGCACAGUCACUACCACUGCGGCCGCGGGUUGCUAGGCUAAUACCAUCACCACCAUUAACAGCAGCAGCUGCUGAAGCAGCUUCAUCAUUCAAUACUUAUGAGUACUGCUGGAGGAGGCCCAAUCAGUCCAUGUCCAAGGCAGCAAUUCUUACCCCACUUGCUCAACAGUUACCACCACUCAAGGACAAUAGCAACAAGCAGCUUAUUCUCUCCAAGAAUCUAAUGGCCAAUGAUCAACAACAAUUGCUAAUUUUGAGAGGGAACAAAGGUGAUUACUUUGUUCCUUUGUCAAAAGGCUGCAAGGAACCCAGGAGGUCUCUUCUCUUCUGGGAGCCCUAUUGCAUUGCCACUUCCUGAUGAUCAUCAUCCGAAUGCCCCUCAAAACACAUCAAAAUCCAUGUCAAAUUUGUGCCUAUAAUUAUUGUUAUUACUUACUGUUACCCUAUCUAUGUUUUUUUGUCUCUCCUUGCUUGUUUUUCCACUUCCUCUCCUUGAGGGUGAUUAUGUAGUCAAAAUUCCAAAAAAAAGAUCAAGAAAAGGGAGAGAAUACUCUUUGGAAUUUUGAGGAGAUGAAAACUGAAAGACAAAAGAAUACUAAACAAUAUUUUUAUAUAUAAUAAUAAUAAUAAAAUACCAGUAGUAAAUUUGUAUGAUUCGCUUUGCCUAUUUGUAUCUAAAACAAAAUCCCAAUUGAGCACAUUAUCCGAUUUUGACUUGGAGGACUGUCUCUUGUCUGUCUGUCUUUGCAAUAUGAUGGCUCCCUGCUUUCAACUUUUCUUGCUUUCUGCAAAAUUCUUAACCAAUGGGUUUUGAGCACGGGUCAUGUCCGGCCAAACUGAUUUUAA